AUGUCCAACACUGUCACCCAUACGGCAAGUGCAGCUGUUCCGCUCUUCCAGAUACGGCCCGAUGUUACAGCUGCCGGCGCUGUCACAGAGAAACAGAGUACUGCUCAAUUGAAGUCACGUAUACCCUGGCCAACAACCAAGGAAGUUCACCAGCGAUGGCAGCUGGAACAGAUGGCAGCAGCUUUCCGCAUCUUUGCAAAGCUAGGUUUCGCUGAUGGGGGAAGCGGACACAUCAGCCUCCGAGAUCCGAUUGAUCCGAAGACAUUCUGGAUCAACCCAUACGGUGUUCACUUCGGACUUCUUAACGUCUCCGACAUGGUUCGUGUUGAUGAGAACGGUAGGCGCGUGGGAGGUGCGGAUAUGCUGGUCAAUACGGCGGGCUUCACUAUACAUGCCGCCAUCCACCGUCGUCCAGAUAUCAACGCCGCUUGCCACGUUCAUAGCCCGUACGGCCGUGCAUGGAGCAACUUUGGCCGUGGUAUCGAUAUGCUCAACCAGGACUCCUGCAUGUUCUAUGAUGACCUUGCCAUCUAUAACAAUUUUGGAGGCGUUGUCUUCGCCGCAGAGGAAGGCAAGCGCAUAGCUACCGCUCUUGGACCGAGACAUAAGAACAUUAUACUGCAGAACCAUGGUCUACUCACAUGCGGCGGUACCGUCGCAGAAGCGGCUGCAUUCUUCAUCGCUCUAGAACGAGCUUGCCACGCACAGCUGUUGACUGAAGCUGCCAUUGCGCCAAGCUCAAUCGGAGGCCAGUCGGGGUUGCGGAAGACCAUUGUUGGCGGCGAAGAGGCUUCGUACACGAAGGAGGGAACGGGCAACCCGGAGGUCAUGUACAUGCAGUUCAAGCCGGAGUACGAUAUGAUCUUGAAGGAGACCAACGGUGACUUUCUGAAAUAG